CACUUUCAAUUGCACGAAAGUUUGGUAUACCAGUAAAUCCAGAAAAUCAUUCUAAUUGUCUAACUGGUGCAGAUAUUGAAGCUAUUUCGGCUCCAAAAAAUAAUACAAGCCUUUCAAUCAAAUGGUUCAAUUGUAGCAAUGACAGGGGACGGUUAAAUGAUGCACAAGCAUUGAAAAUUACCGAUAUUGGCAUAUCUAUGGGUAAAAGUGGAUCCGAUGUCUCCCGAGAAGCAGCUGAUAUUAUUUUAGUCAAUGAUGAGUUCGUGACUAUAUUGGAUGCUGUAAAAGAAGGUAUUAAAAAUUGUUUAUUUAAAAUUAGUUUUAUUGAUUAUGGCAUAAAUUAA